UGCACGUUGAACUUAAAGGGACCAGAACACAUUCAGCCGGACGCCUCGCUUGCAAUGGUUGCAACUCACGCAAGCCAACCCUCCUCAUCUACCUCAGCUGUACCUAAAAAGAACCGACGAAAAAUAGGCAGAAAAAAGUCCAAGGCUGCAGGUGCCGACCAGGAUAUGCCCGACGCUCGACCCGUCCCAGUCGCAGCAGACGAUGACGAGCUGAUGAUUGACGUCGACUCCACCCCCAUAGUCCAACACACAGCAGCACCAACAUUUGAGCCAUUACCUGCCAAUGCCGAUAGAACAACUCUCAAGUCAGAAACGAGGCGGAUACCUAUACCGCCACACCGGAUGACACCACUCAAAAAGGACUGGGUAUUGAUAUUUGGGCCCCUUACCGAAAUUCUGGGACUACAAGUACGGAUGAAUGUGCAACGUAGAUGUGUCGAGGCACGAACAUCAAAACAUACCAAGGAUAUUGGGGCAAUACAGAAGGGCGCCGACUUUGUCAAAGCCUAUGCGCUAGGAUUCGAUGUUAAUGAUGCUAUCGCUCUUCUUCGUCUUGAUGACCUCUACCUCGACUCGUUUGAGAUCAAGGAUGUGAAAACCCUGCACGGAGACCAUCUCUCACGAGCCAUUGGCCGAAUCGCGGGCCAAGACGGCAAAACAAAAUUCACAAUCGAAAAUGCUAGUAGAACACGUAUAGUUCUAGCAGACACAAAAAUUCACAUCAUGGGAUCCUUUCAAAAUAUCAAAGUUGCCCGGGAUGCUAUUGUCUCGCUUAUUCUGGGAUCUCCACCCGGAAAAGUGUAUGCUGGCUUGAGGACUGUUAGCAGCCGUAUGCGACAACGAGCACUGUGAUUCUAUCCAUACGUGUAUACCACACUGUCUAGAGCUUUAUGGCCACCUAUCUUCGUCUUAAUGUAAUAUGGGAUACAUUGGAAAGUUCACUUUUGGACUACCAACCUUGAUGAUGAAUGGCAAGAAAAUGUGCAGUGUCUACUUGUAGAUCGCAUGUACAAAGUGGAUCUCAGAGUCACUGUAGCGUGUGUCAACGGCACCCGAAUACCUCUUAGACAUCUCAUACAUACGUCCCACACGAGAAGCACAUUCAUUAUAACCCAUAAUAUUUCUGAUCUUCAAAUACUGAAAUACAUACCACGAAAUUCCAGC